UAUAAGCCGUCUAUCCGGCCAUUAUCCGCCCCCUAUUUGGCAAUCCUGGAUCCGCCCUUGAAACAACGAAAACAUUACCGUCUCGGUUGACGAUUUUCAGCUCGUUUCGGUGAGCCCGCAGCGGCUGGAAAUAGUGUCUAGAAAGUACAUGCGUUUCGUAGGGUCUCGCGCAAAGUGAACAAGAGGUAUAAAAAAAAUGGAUUUCCUUGUGGGAGGGGGAGGGGAAGAAAGCGCUUGCGUGUAGUAAGUGACAAUUGCAUGACCUUGCUUCUCUACGCAUUGAGUGCCCUUUCCUCUUGUCAUUAUCCAUCAGUACACAUCGGAUUCAAAUGUUAAUGACUUGUUAGAUAUGUUAAGAUUCAUCAGCUCAUCGCCUUCCUUGUCACCCAUGUCAACUACGCGAUAAUCAUAUAAUGGCGAACUAUCUGCGUCUUGCUAUACUGCUUGCGUUUUUAGCAGUGUCUUUCCCGUUCGUCAAAUACUUUAUUUACGAGUAUCAAGAAGCCGAACUGACAUUGCACUUUUACGAGCGUUUUGGCGUGGACCCAGGUUCCGUUUUCAAUGGUAAAGUAGUAUGGAUCACUGGAGCAUCGAGCGGCAUAGGAGAACAUUUAGCGUACGAGUUCACCAAGCACGGUAGCAAAUUGGUUUUGUCUGCGAGACGAGAGAAGAGGUUAGAACAAGUCAAGAACAACUGCUUAGCUUUAGCUAAAGAACGCGGUCUUCCCUUGACGGCGGAGGAUAUACUUGUUUUGCCUUUGGAUCUAACAAAAUUUGACACCCAUACUGAACUUGCGGAAAAAGCUGUUCAGCAUUUUGGCCGGGUUGAUGUUCUGGUGAAUAACGCGGGCACGGCCUCAUUAGAUUAUAUACGGAACACACCUCUACGAUUGACCAAGAAAGUACUGGACACGAAUAUCCUUGGUACAAUUUCCGUCACAGAAGCCGUCCUGCCACAUAUGCUGAAGCGAGGCAAGGGCCACAUCGCAGUCGUGAACAGCAUCAUGGGAAAAUUUGCGUUCCCGCUAAUAGCACCUUAUGUUACAAGCAAGUUUGGACUCGAGGGCUACUUCAAAGUGCUCCGUUUUGAGCUUUUAAGUAGGAAUAUUGAUGUCACUACACUAGCAAUAGGAUUGGUUGGACCAACUGAAAUUUUUGCAAUAGCAGAGGGUGCGGACGGGAAGAAGUUUGCGGAGAAAUACAAAUUCCCUGACGUCUCCCCAACACAGUUUAUGAGUCCUGAGAGGUGCGCGUACUGGAGCGUUGUCGCCAUAGCAAACCGUAUGGAUGAGCCGUGUAUAUCUCGUCACACCGUUCUCGCUGUCAGCUACCUGAAUCAGUACAUGCCGUCUUUAUAUCGGUGGUACGAGAAGACCAUUUAUCAUGGAUGGUUUUUACAUUUAGUGAAGGAAGCAGGAAUUGCUCCACCAUAGAAUCAAUCUCUUUAUAUUUCAAUCUUAUUUCACACAAAUAAAUCUCAAAGUUCUUUAUAUGUCACUGGUUAGGUACUGAUUUAAAGGAAAUAAUAGUUUGAAUGUUGUUUUAAACAUCAUGAAGUGUACAUGACUGUUUCUUUCUUAUUUUGCGAAUUUAAUAUAGUAUCUUGUGAAAUUAACAUAAAAAAAUAGCAAGGGAAAGUUCUUUUAUUCCUGAUAUGAUUUCAAGUAAACAUAAACUUAAAACAUGGAGAACUGUAUUUCUAAAUGAUUAUCAGACAUAAAGUGGAAAUUACAUUUUGUGCAAA